AUGCACUGGCUCUCAGCAGGCCAUGACAUCAGCGGUGCCCUGGAGCCCUCCAACAUCGACACCAGCAUCCUAGAAGAAUACAUCGGCAAGGAGGAUGCUGCCGACCUCUGCUUCCCUGACAUGGCGGCUCCGGCCAGUGCGGCCUCCUUCCCCCACGGGCAGCCUGCCAUCCCCAGCUCCAGCGGGCUCCACCACCUGAGCCCCCCAGGAAGCGGACCCUCCCCCGGGCGCCAUGGCCCCCUCCCGCCCCCAAGCUACAGCACCCCACUCAACUGCAACAACAACAAUGGCAUGGGGGCUGCUCCUAAGCCCUUCCUGGGGGGCUCUGGGCCCCCCAUCAAGGCUGAGCCAAAGGCUCCCUAUGCCCCAGGCACACUGCCAGACUCACCCCCAGACUCUGGCUCUGAGGCCUACUCCCCCCAGCAGGUGAAUGACCCCCAUCUCCUGCGCACCAUAACCCCUGAGACCCUGUGCCACGUGGGAGUGGCUUCCCGCUUGGAGCACCCGCCCCCACCUCCAGCCCACCUGCCCGGCCCGCCCCCACCCCCACCUCACUACCCUGUCCUGCAGCGGGACCUGUACAUGAAGGCUGAGCCUCCCGUCCCUCCCUACGCUGCCAUGGGGCAGGGUCUGGUGCCCACCGAUCUCCACCAUGCCCAGCAGUCCCAGGUGCUGCACCAACUGCUGCAGCAGCACGGAGCAGAGCUCCCCACACACCCUUCCAAGAAGAGGAAACACUCCGAAUCCCCCCCCAGCACCCUCAAUGCUCAGAUGUUGAAUGGAAUGAUCAAGCAAGAGCCGGGCACUAUGACAGCCCUGCCCCCGCACCCCGCCCGGGCCCCGUCCCCACCCUGGCCACCCCAGGGCCCACUCUCACCAGGCCCUGGUUCCUUGCCCCUCAGCAUCGCCCGGGUCCAGACACCGCCUUGGCACCCACCAGGUGCACCCUCCCCAGGUCUCCUGCAGGACAAUGAUAGCCUCAGCGGCUCCUACCUGGACCCUAACUACCAGUCCAUCAAGUGGCAGCCACAUCAGCAGAACAAGUGGGCGACAUUGUACGAUGCCAACUACAAGGAGUUGCCUAUGCUCACUUACCGCGUGGAUGCUGACAAGGGCUUCAACUUUUCGGUGGGUGACGACGCUUUCGUGUGCCAGAAGAAGAACCACUUCCAGGUGACAGUGUACAUCGGCAUGCUGGGCGAGCCCAAGUACGUCAAGACGCCGGAAGGCCUCAAGCCCCUCGACUGCUUCUACCUGAAGCUGCAUGGAGUGAAGCUGGAAGCCCUAAACCAGUCCAUCAAUAUUGAGCAGUCUCAGUCUGACCGGAGCAAGCGGCCUUUCAACCCUGUCACGGUCAAUCUGCCCCCUGAGCAGGUCACCAAGGUGACCGUGGGGCGGCUGCACUUCAGCGAGACCACCGCCAACAACAUGCGCAAGAAGGGCAAGCCCAACCCUGACCAGAGGUACUUCAUGCUGGUGGUAGCUCUCCAGGCACAUGCGCAGAACCAGAACUACACGCUGGCCGCUCAGAUCUCAGAGCGCAUCAUUGUGCGGGCCUCUAAUCCGGGCCAGUUUGAGAGCGACAGUGAUGUGCUGUGGCAGCGGGCACAGGUGCCCGACACCGUCUUCCACCACGGCCGAGUGGGCAUCAACACCGAUCGACCGGACGAGGCAUUGGUUGUGCAUGGCAACGUCAAGGUCAUGGGCUCACUCAUGCACCCCUCAGACCUGCGGGCCAAGGAGCACGUGCAGGAGGUGGACACCACAGAGCAGCUGAAGAGGAUCUCCCGCAUGCGGCUGGUACACUACAGAUAUAAGCCCGAGUUUGCCGCCAGCGCAGGCAUUGAGGCCACCACACCAGAGACUGGUGUCAUCGCCCAGGAGGUGAAGGAGAUCCUGCCGGAGGCGGUGAAGGACACAGGAGACGUGGUCUUUGCCAAUGGGAAAACCAUAGAGAACUUCCUGGUAGUGAACAAGGAGCGCAUCUUCAUGGAGAACGUGGGGGCUGUGAAGGAGCUCUGCAAGCUCACAGACAACCUAGAGACGCGCAUCGACGAGCUGGAGCGCUGGAGCCACAGGCUGGCCAAACUGCGGCGCCUAGACAGCCUCAAGUCCACAGGCAGCUCCAGCGCCUUCAGUCACGCAGGGAGCCAAUUUAGCCGAGCAGGCAGCGUUCCCCACAAGAAGAGGCCCCCCAAAGUGGCCAGCAAGGCAUCCUCAGUAGUCCCCGACCAGGCUUGCAUCAGUCAGCGCUUCCUGCAGGGAACCAUUAUCGCCCUGGUGGUGGUCAUGGCCUUCAGCGUGGUGUCCAUGUCCACACUGUAUGUGCUGAGCCUGCGUGCUGAGGAGGACUUGGUGGAUGCAGAUGGCAGGUCCAGCCAGAGCCUUGGAGCCACUCAGCUCCGACAGUCUCCUGUGACCACCGGGCUCCCAGGCGUACAGCCGUCCUUGCUGUUGGUUACCACCAGCCCAACCAGCUCAGCCCCAAGUCCGCCUCUCCGCACCUUGGACCUGUGCUCCAGCCACCCCUGCCCUAUUGUCUGCUGCUCUGCACCCACCCCCAGCCCUGCCUCGGAACCGAGCCUCGGCCCCAGCUUUAACCUGCUUCCCAGCGUCAGCCCCAGCCCUGCCACCAACCACUCAGGCUCCAGCCAGAUGGCCCCACUGCCCGUCACCAACAUCAAAGCCAAGUCCUGGGGGAUUUCAGCCAAUGGCAUUGGCCAUUUCAAGCAUCCCAAGAGCCUGGAGCCUGUGGCGAGCCCUGCAGUCCCUUUCCCCGGGGGACCAGGCAAGGCCAAGAACAGCCCCAGCCUGGGUCUCCAUGGUCGGGCCCGCCGAGGAGCCCCCCAGCCGAGCGCUGGCUCUGCUCUGCCCACUCAGACCCAGGCCCAGCCAGUGCCCUCCCUGACCUCCAUCCAGUUGCUGGAGAAUUCCAUGCCCAUCACCUCCCAGUACUGCACAGCAGAGGAUCACUGCAGGCCGGGAAACUUCACCUACCACAUCCCUGUCAGCAGCAGCACCCCACUGCACCUCACCUUGACCCUGCAGAUGAACGCCUCUUCCCCCGUGUCCGUGGUGCUGUGCAGUCUGACGGCAAAGGAGGAGCCAUGUGAGGAGGGGGGCUUUCUGCAGACUCUGCACCCCCACCAGGACACCCAGGGCACCUGCCAUCAGUGGCCAGUAACCAUCCUGUCCUUCCGUGAAUUCACCUACCACUUCCGAGUGGCACUGCUGGGCCAGGCCAACUGCAGCUCAGAAGCCCUCACACAGCCAGCCACAGACUACUACUUCCACUUCUACCGCCUUUGUGACUAGCUGCGCAUGCGUACUGGGCCAGGUCUCUGCCCUCCACACUGGAUGUCAUGGUGUAACACUGGAGCCUGCGGCUGCCCAGCUCUCGGCCGCUCGCCCUCACAGACCUCCCUGACUGGGGAAACUGGAAGUCUUCACACUGGAGCAGCUGUGCCUGCUGGUGGCCCUCGAUGAGAGGGAGUGGGAGAGACAAAUAAUCCAUGUCCUGAGCCUGCCUGCCACCACCUCUACCCAGGAGGUCUAGACCCACUGGCUGGCAGGGGGCAGGGGGCAGCUGUGGCCCUGACUUACUAGGAUCCACCCUCCCUGCCUCCGCUUCUGAGGUGGGAGGAAAGACCCGCCAGGAACUUGGGCCCACCCCUACAAGACCUGGCUGGACCCCAGAGUCCAUCUUGAACAGACAGCCCUUGGUGCUGUUCCCCAGGGGAUGGCUGGGUAGUGGACCUUUUGGGUUUGACUGUUACUCUAGACUUGGCAUUCUAAGCUUUAAGAGCUUGGUCCCAGGCAUUCCCAGGGCAGCCAAGAUCAGCCCCACAGGGCUGGAGACGACUGUGCCUGAUGAAACCACCCCCAGUCCUGUGCAGGCCUCAGGGGAGGGAGGCAGUAAGCCAGGUAAACCCUGCACCCUGAACUUGGCAUGUCCUCAAAGGGGACAACCUGCAUUCCUGGGGGCUCCUAGAGCGCACUGUGGCCCGUCAUUCUCUCUGAGCAGAGGAGCAGGAAUCCCUGCAAGCAGUCAGCCGGGCCUGGGCUGGUGGGUGGAUGCAAAUAACUGUCAUUAAUGAGGUCAUCACUAAAUGCACUUAAACCAGGGCCAGAAGGGGCGGAAGGCUGGAGCUUUGGGGCGACACCCACCACGACAGGGCUGCAGCACUGGUCCCUGCGAGGAACCUUGGCCACCCAUUGCAUCCCAGUGCAAGGCUGGCUUCUCCCUCCACUCUGGCCUGCCAGUGACCUUGUCUCCGAAAUCUAGAGGCACCUUUUGCUAGGCUUGGAGUCAGGCUGGAAAGGCUCAACAGUGCCCACCUCUGCCAGGAGCAGAGUGGUGGGUUUCGGCUUAGGAAGACGUUUCUUAUCAAGUGCCAACUUCAUUCACCAUUUCCUUACCAGGGCCCCAGAACAUUCUGAGGCCACAGGCAGGCUCAUAGGAGAGCGUGGCAGUCACUUAGCCACCUCUGCGUUGGGGUCAGAAGCGGGCCAGGGAGUGGCCGUCCUUGCCCUGUGGAUGUCUUGCCAUCUCUUUGGGAACGAGGCCUUGCUGCUCUCCGACUUCUCGUUCUCUGCUCUGAGUGGGAGCUGGGGGCCCUCUUCUGCCACAGAUCUCAAAGCACUUAUCUUCAGGACAGGGAAACUCCCGAGGGGCUCAAGGACAGCAGGGUUCCCUUGCAGCCUUGUACCCCCCACGUGGCGCCACCUCCUUCUG